CUUAACGCUUAAAGACCCAUAUACAUAUACAUACAGACACACACACACUUUCUCUCUCUCACUUAAUUCUUCUCUUCCUAUCUAUCUAUCUAUGUAUAUAUAGAGAGAGACAGACAGAGACAGAGUGAGACAAGAAAUGAGGCUGGCCGUGGGUGGUGGACUCCGGCCGUGGAAAGUUCAAGUUCCGAAGCAAUUGGUGGCGGAGCCAGUCACGAACUACGGCCGUGCUCCGCCAGUACUGGGCGGCGGGAGAAUGCGGCUGAUGAGGCUGGUCAUCACCAAUUCCAGCAAGUCAGUCUCGGGAAAAUCUGCCCGGGGCCGUGUGGCCACGCCGCCGGCGAAGCUGGGUGACAGGUGGAUGGAGUAUCAAGGCAGCAAGAACUGGGAAGGCUUGCUUGAUCCUCUCGACGACGAUCUUCGGAGCGAGAUUCUACGCUACGGGGAGUUCGUCGAGGCGGCCUACAGAUCCUUCGAAUUUGACAGGUUGUCGCCUGAGUAUGCCACGUGUCGGCACUCCAGGACCUCAAUGAUGACUCAGUGCGGCCUUGGUGGCAGCGGAUACCGGCUGACGAGGAAUCUCCGUGCCACGUGCGGCGUCCAGUUCCCACGCUGGAUCGAGAGGGCUCCCAGGUGGGUGUCCACCCCUUCUAGCUGGAUUGGCUACGUGGCAGUGUGCAACGACAAGGACGAGAUCGCCCGGCUCGGACGCCGGGACGUUGUGAUCGCAUUCCGGGGUACUGCCACGUGUUUGGAGUGGAUUGAGAAUUUACGCGCCACUUUGACAUGUUUGGAUGGUCACGCAAGUGAUAAUCGUGAUGAAGAUCCAAUGGUGGAGAGCGGGUUUCUGAGCUUGUACACAUCGCAGACUGCCACGUGUCCAAGUCUCCAAGACGCAGUGAGAGACGAGAUCUCGAAAAUCAUCCAUUCCUACCGUGGCGAGCCCCUCAGCAUUACAAUUGUGGGCCACAGUCUUGGCGCAGCUCUAGCUACGCUCACCGCAUUCGAUAUAACCACCACAUUCGAUCACGCGCCGCCGGUGACCGUGAUCUCGUUCGGAGGUCCACGUGUCGGGAACAGAAGCUUCCGGCGCCAAUUGGACAAGGCCGGGACAAAGAUUCUGCGCAUCGUCAACUCCGAUGACCUCAUCACGAAAGUGCCCGGCUUCGUGAUUGACAAUAAUGACGCCGCAGACGGGAAGGCGGUCCACGUGGCGGGGCUGUCGAGCUGGCUUCAGAAGCGCGUGGAGGACACGCGGUGGGCCUACGCUGACGUGGGAAGGGAGCUGAGGCUUUGUAGCAGUGAGUCCCCCUACGUUUCCAAAGGAGAUGUCGCGGCGUCUCACGAUCUGAAGACGUAUCUUCACUUGAUCAACGGGUUUGUGAGCUCCACGUGUCCAUUCAGGGCCACUGCAAGGCGGGUGCUAAGGAAAGCCAAAGCCAAAGGGUACAAGUAGAAGCAGAGCUGCUACUGUUCAGAUCAUGUGUUUUUUUCUUUUUUGGACGGAGAUGGACGGUGGCUGAUUAGCUGAUUGACUGUAACAGAGAAAGGUGUACAUACACAUCUGACACAGAGUAAACAAACCCCAUUAGGCUUAGUUAGCUGAUCCAAGGCAAGUGUGAAGGGGCUUCCCUUGUUUUUUUGGGAGACAUCUUCCCUUGGAUGAU